ACGCACCCUCAGCCUCCGCCCCGCCCUUUCUCUCCCCGGCUUCCCGGUCCGCCUGAGGCUCUGGUCUGGCGGCUGCUUUCGGCAGAGUCGCGGCGCAGGGAGAGUCAGUCUCCGCUCCUCACCAUGUCCUACGGCCCCCUGGACAUGUAUCGAAACCCGGGUCCCUCGGGGCCGCCGCUCCGGGACUUCAACAGCAUCAUCCAGACAUGCAGCGGCAACAUCCAGCGGAUCAGCCAAGCCACUGCUCAGAUAAAGAAUUUGAUGAGCCAACUAGGAACUAAACAGGACUCAAGCAAGCUACAGGAGAAUCUGCAACAGUUACAGCAUUCUACAAAUCAGCUUGCCAAGGAUACAAAUGAACUACUGAAAGAAUUAGGGUCCUUGCCCCUUCCCUUAUCUACUUCAGAACAGCGCCAGCAGAAACUUCAGAAGGAACGCCUCAUGAAUGACUUCUCUGCAGCCUUAAACAAUUUCCAGGCUGUGCAGAGAAAGGUAUCUGAAAAGGAAAAAGAGAGUAUUGCCAGAGCAAGAGCAGGAUCUCGCCUUUCUGCGGAGGAGAGGCAAAGAGAAGAGCAGCUCGUCUCAUUUGACAGCCAUGAGGACUGGAACCAGAUGCAGAGCCAGGAGGAUGAAGUGGCCAUCACUGAGCAGGAUCUGGAACUUAUUAAAGAGAGGGAAACAGCAAUUCGGCAGCUGGAGGCUGACAUUUUGGAUGUCAAUCAGAUAUUUAAAGAUUUGGCCAUGAUGAUCCAUGAUCAGGGUGAUCUCAUUGAUAGCAUAGAAGCCAACGUUGAAAGCUCAGAAGUGCAUGUAGAAAGAGCCACUGACCAGUUACAGCGAGCUGCAUACUACCAGAAAAAGUCCCGCAAGAAGAUCUGUAUCCUGGUGCUUGUCCUGUCAUUGGCGGUUGCAAUCCUGGCACUUAUUUUGUGGCUAGUUAAUAAAUGAAGUGAUUUCCUCAGAGCCUUCUCCUGCUAAGCUGUUUUUAUGGGCAAGUGCAGAUUGGAGCCUUGCCAGAACAAACUGAUCACAAGAAGAGAGCAUACUCCAGAACGUCCUGUAAUAAUUUAGUUAGAAACUAACUACUAACUAGUCCUUGGAAUUAGUGAUCUAUGGAGACAGUAUUUAUCAAUUUAUGUAUACAUUUUAUUGAUUUCGCUAAUUAGGAAUUUAUGUGAAUUUUGCUUUCUCUGGUAUCCUAAUUGCCCUUCAUCCCAAGUGUUUGCUAAAAAUUCCAUUGUAGAUAUUGUUUUGACAGGUGACACUCCAGUCUUUGUAUUACUGUCUUUAUGUGUACACAGAUUAACCUUACUAGCAACUGAAAUAAGACUUACCUACUGGCAUCAACCAUAUUGGAGACUGUCAGAAAAUUGUGUAAUAACUCAGCAGUUUUUAAUAUUUAACAUUUGGAUUUUAAUUUCUAAGAAACCUAUCUUGUAACUGCUUUAAAACAUUUUGCAGUGUAUUUGACUGGAAAGUAAAAUAAUGCACAUGUGAUCCAGAUUAAUUCCAGAAGUAUCUAUUUAAAAUGGUCAGUUGUUGGGGGUACCUGUUAAUCUGGGUUUAAAGUUUACUUUAUCGUUUGCUAGUGCCAUCCACAGCAGUUCGUCCAUAUACACUAAACCAUCUUUUUACUUUUUGAAGAGUUCAUUUAACACUACUAUAUUCUGUGGAUGUCUGUCUCCCACCUAUCAAUAUAGAAAGGGAGAAUUAGAUGAAGCAUGCUUUUGGAAAGCAAAUAGGAAUUGCUUGGAAUGACUUGCUUUUUUUGUUGUUGUUUUUCACUUGUGGUUCUACAUUCCUGGUGAAUGAAGAAUGUUGCUGUCAGAGACUGCGCCCCACUCUGUAAGGAUUGCUGGGAAGUUGAUGGCAGAAAAAUUCCAAAAACCACACUAAGUUGGUGUAAAAUUUAAUAUCUGUGGACCUGGUGAUCAAGCAGAGAGCAGGUUCAUUUUUUUGUAAAUACUGGUUUGGAAUAGUGAUGUUAGACCUAUCCUAAUUUAUGAACAAGAGAUUAAUCUCUUCAUGCAUAGUUUUAGACAAAAUGUUUCAAUAAAAUAUUGCUGUCUUGCAGUAUAAAUGUUGUCCACUUCCCUUUUCACAGGUCUAGAACAACUAAAUGGAAUGUAAAUUUGUUAGGAGGUCACUUAAAUGCAAAUUGGACCAAAAAUUUCAGUUCAGUCUUAGUAAAUUAGAGGAUUUAACUACCCUGGAUAUAUUUUUUUCUACUUCUUCCUUUAACGUUUAUCUUCUUGUACUAAACUAAUGUGAACAAUAGGGCAGAAGGGUUCCAAUGCUCAAAUUUCUGGCACCAUUCUACCUACUUAAUAUAAAUAAACAUUUUAAAGGCUUUUGUA